AUGAAUACACAGAGGAUAAAAUCGCCGCCGAUUCGGAAACGCAAUCCAAUCACUCCAUCAUUGUCCAAAAUAAACGGUAAUAGAAGUUCCAUAAAUAAAGUUCUCAAAACAGUACAAGAAGAGACAAAACAUGAUUUCAUCGAGGACCAAGAGCGGGACGAAACCACCGAUGCGUUCAAAUCGGAGGUCGAGAGAUUUAUUGAGAUAUCAAAGUAUUUCUCAAGCCCUCUGCGGAAAUCCGCUUCAUACGUUUGCGAAAAUCGACUAAUAUCUUACCCCAAUCCGUACAGAAUGGAGUACAAACGCGGCAACAUAACAACGUACCACAUAAAAUUUUGCAACUUAAUUCUCGAGCCAGUUUAUAUAAAACUUUACAAACUGAUUCCCGAAUUGGAAGAAAUAAAGUUCAUUAACCUUACAUUAUCCCGCUGCAAAAGGGUACCACCAGGCCUAUCUUUCAAUUUAGGCUUUGUGUACGAUGAUGUGAACGAGAAGCCCGCACAGAACGCCAAAAUGAUAUUCGUAGCUUCUAGAAAAUCAACCACCCCGUGCUAUCAAAUAUGCGAAAUUGAUUUGCAUAUAGAAGCACUAAAAAUUCGCCUCUAA